AUGCAUGGUUCAAGCCAUAAUACCAAAAACGAAAGCGAUGCAAGUCGCACUGCAUUGGCACUUGAUGCCUCGGAAGAGUUAGAUUUAAAAGAGUGGCCAGAUUCCCUGACUCCUUUCAAGGCCAUGGAUGAAUCCCUUCGGUGUCCGAUAUGCAAGGAACUUUUUGAUGCUGCCAUGAUCUUGCCUUGCAUCCAUACAUUCUGUUCACUGUGUAUUCGUCAGAGUUUGCUUGUAAAGAUGCAGUGUCCAAGUUGUGGAAAAGAUGUUACUGGAUUGCAUGCCCUCAAAAACAAUCGAGUUUUGGACGAUCUUGUGUGGCAAUACAAAGAGAUUCGAUCAAAUUACAUGAUUCCGCUGAUGCAGAUCGAUGCUGGUGAAUGGGUUUUAUCAUCCGAACUGCCAUUAAAUGGCUCGAGCAAUCAGUCGGUGUAUACUUCCAACACUACUCAACUGGAACAAUCAUUGCAUUUAUCACAAAAAACAACACCAUCUUUACCAGCAUCGCCAUGCAGUACACGAAGGCAUUCAGCCCGUCAACUUCAAAAACAAUCGACUUCUUUUGAUGCAAGUGAAUACAAUGACGAUAUUGAUUCCGAUUUUACGUAUACACCCAACUCAAAAUCUAAGCGACAGAGAUUGACACGGAGUUCUACGAGUAGUAAUAAACUGUCAGACGAUGAACUUCAGCAACCAUCUUGUAAACUCAGCAAAGUCAAGGUAGCAUCUCCAAACCAGACAGUUGCUCCAAUUGAAGAUUUUGAUGGUGCUUCAUCAUCUAUUUCAACUGAAGUUGUCAACCAUUCUACCACACCAGAAACUACAUCGACCACUAAUAUUUUGAUAUCCGGUACAGCAAAUCACAGACAAAUGUUCAUUAAAACAAAAUAUUUAAUGCAUGAGAUUGACUUGAAGCUAACUCGAUUGUUUUUAGGAAAUGAUUUGGUGGUGUGUCCCAUAUGUUCGGAUCGAUUAAAAGUAUGUCAUCUCAAUGCACAUUUGGAUAAUGGCUGCAAGUCAUCAUUGCACCAGUCCAAGACUCUCACGUCACCAACACAUUCUACGACUUCUCGUGUAUUUCUAUCCACUUCCAAAACAGCAAGUAAACUCUCAUCACACACUGUUUAUGGUGCUGCUCAACCAGCUGACAGUGCGCCGUUUUUGAACACCAACACCCCUAAACGUCUUCCCAAGCCAUAUCAUCCCUAUAGUUUGCUAAGCGACGCAAAGAUUAAAAAAAUGCUCAAAGACGAUGGUUUGAAUUCCACUGGACCACGCAAAUUACUUAUUGAACGACAUACUGAAUGGAUUACUCGGUAUAAUGCAAAUUUGGAUUCACGGCAUCCUUUGUCGGAUGUAGCUCUAAGAGUAAAGUUGGUAGAUUGGGAGCGUAGCAAGAAAAAUAAUUCACAUUCUCAUGCAACCCCGUUUAAAGCUCAUGCGACGCAUCAUGCGACUACCCAGGAUCAGAUUGCUGUCGAGACACAUUUGGAAAAAUAUUCUAGUGGGUUUGACUCACUCGUAGAGCAGAUUCAAGCUCAGCGUGCACGAAAAAAGGCCAAAAUCAAAGACAUGGAAACUACUGACCAUGAAAAAGUGGUAGAUGAGAAUGAAACCACAAACCAGGUUGCUCAUACAAACAGUAGCAGUAAUAUGGAAGAUACCGACAUCAAUUCCAAAGAUCUGCUUGUGGAAGACCCAACAAGGUGGAGCGACGAGCCAUACAAUGAUGCCUACAUAAGCACGUAG